AUGAGACAGACUACAACGAAAGCGAAGUCCUUCGAGAGGAACUUCCUACCGUGUUUCUACAUCCUGAUUCUACUCCUGGGGCUGUGCGGGAACGUCAUGGUGAUUGUCGUCUUGCUGCGAGCCAAGGAGGCCCUACCUGGAACGGACGUCUUCAUCUUCAACCUGGCCAUCGCCGACAUCCUGCUGGUGGCCACGCUCCCUUUCUGGGCGGCCCAAGCCAUACACACCUGGGUCUUCGGCGACUACCUGUGCAAAGUGGUCGGCAGCAUCUUCAAGAUCAACUUCUAUUCCAGCAUCUUCUUCCUGGUCUGCAUCAGCUUCGAUCGGUACCUCUCCAUCGUCUACGUCAUCCGCACGUACAACCGGUCCAACUCCUGUGGGAUCCUCCUCUGCUCCUUGGCCAUUUGGUGCUUCUGCAUCCUCCUCGCGGUGCCCGAUUUGAUCUUCCUGAAAGUCGAGUUCGAUUCCCGCCAGAACACCACCUCGUGCUCCCUCAACUUUGGCUCCAGCUGGAGGAUCACGCUACGCAUCUUGAACCAGGUGUUGGCGUUCUUCCUCCCGCUGCUGGCCAUGGCUUACUGCUACACCCACAUCAUCUUCACGCUGCUGAAAUCCAAAGGCUUCCAGAAGCAGAAGGCCCUCAGGGUCAUCCUGGCAGUGGUGGCCGUCUUCUUCCUCUGCUGGACCCCCUACCAAGUGGUGAUGCUCAUCGACACCCUGAUCGAGUACAAAGUCUUGGAGCGAAGUUGCGAGUGGGAGUCCAAGGUGGACAUUGCGGAGACCGUCACGAUGAGCUUGGGGUUCCUCCACUGUUGCCUCAACCCUCUCCUCUAUGCCUUUAUUGGGAUCAAGUUCCGGAACAGAUUCCUUGAACUGUUGGAGCAGGUCGGCUGCGUGAGCCACGCAUUCCUGAAGAGACACGCCCGCCUGUUGAGCCACCGGAAAGACUCGACAUGGUCCGAGAGCACGGAGGCAUCUUAUGCGGGACUCUGA